UCGCAUAAUUUCGCACCAUUAUCACAUGGGAGUGUUUUCUUUCCACUCAGCCGACACAGUUGUCCUUGGAUGGCACUGUCAAAAUACAAGUUAUUGGAAGAAUAAAAGCCUCUCAGUCUUUAGGAAUUGAUGCAGAAUGGAAGAAAAGAAAAUGAGGAUUGGUAGUGGUUCUGGUUUGUGAUGACCUUGUUUCCUUUCCUGCCACUUCGGCAUGGAGACAGCGCUGUCGGUUUUCGCCAAACCUCCUCGCACCGUCUGGUCUGAACCGGUUCGGGAUGCGCGCGAUCUCGUGCGCACUGCAGACUCCACGCACUGAUUCACAGCACUCCGCGCCCUCCGUUUGAGAGCGUCCUCAUUGGUUGGGGUGUUCGGGGCCCGCCCACACCUUCCGCGUGCUGUUUGGACAAUGAGGAAGUUCCCGAGUUGGGAUUGGUUAAUGCCCCUCCAAAACUUGUAUUUUGGGGCAGGACCCUGCGCACGGUCACGCGGAGAAUGGAGUUGUAAACGAAGCGCGUGCACAUUUCAGCACCAAAAACUCGUGGACAGCAGCCAAACGGAGGAGAGAGUGUAGUCGUCGUGGGCUAGCUUAUUGUAAUAAACCGGCGACAUUGCGGUUAGCGACGCCAUACAGCCGCUGCGAUCGCGGGAAAACUUCAUUGGUAGUUUUGAGUCGGCAAGUAAACGAUAUAAAGCGCACAGCUUGUGCUUUGUUCGCUCCGGCGGGCAGAGAGCUGGAUAUUGGUUGAAAGAGACACGUUUCUGCGGGUAAAUAUACCGUUAUUUUCUGCUCGCGUGUCUCGGAUUUGCGCGGUCUGGGUUCAACUAACUGCACCCUGGGGAGACUAAAUGGCUGCAAAUGAAGGGAAACAAAGGUGAUAACGAAGAUUAUUCAUCCUAGCCGGUUCGGUCCAGACAACGGUUGAGCCGUGGUCCUGUUUUUAGCCACAUCACAACCUGCUCGUGCUGCUAGCCGCCGAGGCCAUUGUUUGAGCAUCUGUGUGCCAUUGCUCUGCCGCCCGAACCCCGGAUCACUCGCUGCCACCACACACCUGCCGCCUGUGUGUUUUCACGGAUUUCAUUUUUUUUUAACUUUUUGAAUCCAAGCAUACACAAUGUGUUCUCGGGUUUGGUUUGUGACCGACCGGCGUAUCAGCCAGGAGUAUCCUCAGGUUCAGAUCCUCCGGGCAUUGAAGGAGCGCUGCGCCGACGAGGAUGUUGAAUUCCGCUCUCUUCUCAUGGAUCAAAUCGUGCUAACGAUCAGCGAGGGACAAUUAGGUCUACGAGUGGAGCAGGAAUUGGUGACAUCUUAUCCACAGGUGGUGGUGGUACGGGUGCCCACACCCUGGGUGCAGUCAGAUAGUGACAUCACUGUGCUGCGCCACUUGGAGAAGAUGGGCUGUCGGCUAAUCAACCGUCCCCAGGCCAUACUCAACUGUGUCAACAAGUUCUGGACCUUUCAGGAGCUGGCAGGCCAUGGGGUGCCUCUUCCUGACACCUUCUCCUACGGAGGGCAUGACAACUUCCGUAAGAUGAUUGACGAGGCGGAGCCACUGGGCUACCCUGUAGUGGUGAAAAAUUCACGUGGCCACAGAGGCAAGGCUGUGUUCCUGGCACGGGACAAACACCAUCUGACAGACCUGUGCCACUUGAUCCGUCACGAUACCCCCUACCUGUUUCAGGAGUAUGUCAAGGAGUCGCAUGGCCGUGAUGUCCGGGUGGUCCUGGUGGGCGGCCGUUUCAUUGGCUCAAUGCUACGCUGUUCCACUGAUGGUCGCAUGCAGAGCAACUGCUCCUUGGGUGGCGUAGGUAUGAUGUGCCCACUGAGCGAGCAGGGAAAGCAGCUGGCCAUAGAGGUGUCGAACAUCCUCGGCAUGGAUGUGUGUGGCAUUGACCUUCUGCAGCUCAAUGAUGGCUCAUUUGUGGUCUGCGAGGCCAAUGCCAAUGUGGGCUUCAUCGCCUUCGACCAGGUCUGUGGCAUGGAUGUGGCAGGCAUUGUUGCCGACUACGCCCUCUCGCUGCUCCCCAGCCGCCUCACCCGUAAGAUGUCCCUGCUGUCCGUCGUGUCGAGCACCAGCGAGACCAGCAGCGAGCCUGAGGUGUGCCCUGUGCCCACUGGCGGUGGCUCACUGCCCGAGGCUGUCUGCAACAUGAGCGUGGGAUCCACUUCCAGCGAGAGUGACCCGGAGCUGGCUGAGCCCUCCGAGUCCUCGCCCUGCCAGUCCACAGCCCCCACCCUGCCCGAUCUCGCUGACCUCCCCGAUCCAACCUACAACUUCAACACCCUUCUCGCCAAUGAGAUCAAACUAUUGACUGAGUAAGAUUCAAGCAGCUUCAUGCACACACAAACACCACCAAUACAUAUUGAAAAUACGCAUACACACUCACACACACACACCUGUACGCAUGGCAACAGACAUUCCUUUUAAAAACACAUAUUGAUCCAAAAAUAUGAAUACAUCGGAUGUUAAUGCAAAAGAAGAGCGGAGAAAAACAGAACACACAUACAGGCGCAAAUGCCAAAACAUGAGUCUUCUCCUACUAACUCCCUUCAAAAAUAACAAAGAUCUGAGGCUGCUCCCCUGACUCUCCUUGCUUUGCACCUCUACUCCCAAACUACAAACCCCACUAUCCAAACUUAGCGUACACUGCAGCAUGUUGGCAAGAGUGGGAUAUAGUACAUAAGAUAACUGCCUAUUUGGCCUCUCCUAGUUUCUAUUUUGCAAAAUAGUGAGGGUGAAGGUGACUGUUUUCUGGGGUGGGUGUGGGAUUCCCAUAAAGGCAAACACCUGCCAUAUUUGUAUCCUUACUAUACCAUAUUAUCUAAAGGAGAAUCUACAGCAUGUUGUCAUAAAAAGGGGUUUCCUUCUGAGACUGAAUUAAGGUUUGGUGGAUUGGAGGCAAAAUUAAGUGUUUUUUUUAAGUGAUAAGCUCCUUGGGAGAGGAAUACAUCCUUAUGCUAGGCACAUUAUACUGACAGUUCCAAUGUAGCAAUGUAGUGCUCCUGUCAAGGACACAGAACAGGAUGGGGACCAGCAGCAACUGGAGAUGGAGAAAUGUAAUGUCAAAUGUACUGCUAUUCAUAAUAACUGAAAGGAGACAUGCAUUCACUACAUGACAAUAUGUUGUAAAUCCAACUAUAACAUAAUGUAUACGCAAUGUUUUAACUCUUCUAUACAGUCAGUGCAAUCCAUAAAAUCCCACUAAUACAAAAAUGUAGCCGGAGCUGCUUCAUUGAGUGAAUAAGAGGCUGACGCUGUGCUGUCAGAACCAUUUUCCUUUCAUGCUUAAAUAGGAAAAUUAUCAACUCAGAUUAUAAACCCACAGCACCAGAAAAUCAUCCUUGGUGCUAACACGGUGUCCAUUAAUUUAUUCUCUGUUUACUGUGAAUGAAGCAGCUAAUGUAAAUGUAAGAAAAACUGCCCUAACCUGUGCAUGGUAGUGGAAAUAACAAAUAGCAGUUCUGUUUGAGAGUCACAACCUGGAUUUUAAAAAUGAAUUAAGUGCCAUGACUCAAUUUUUAAUUUUACACUCCUAGACAGCUUGUUUGAUUAGCCUUACCAGCAACACUGCUGCAUUUUAAAAUUCAUAAUGUCUAGCACUUUAUGAUAAACCAAUGCAUUACUUUUUUCUCUCUUGCUCAGAUAACAUAUUUAAAAAACAUGAGAGUGUGAAAGCUGUGUCUACACCUGCGAACAAAAUAUACCUCAAAACAGUGACUUCUCACUGCCACAGGAUGACAUAUUCAAACAUACAGAACAUAUCAGCCAGGAUCCUUGUGGUUUUCAAAUGGCCCCUGAUAUACCAGGUGUUCCUUCCCUUUAUGUCUAGGAGCUAAAAAGAUAGUUGUGUAUUAUUUUUAUUCCUUUUUUUUUUUUUUUUAGAUGUUUUUGUAAAUAUUUAGGUAGCGAAUUAACUUCAGUGCAUACUAGUAUACAGCUAAUGAAACUGGAACGGCUGACAUAACUGCCAACAUUGACAUUUUUCAUAAGCUAUUGUAGACCAAUUUGUUUGUACAGACCUGCAAUAUUGAAAGGUUGAAACUAAAGUUUGGUGCUAACAUUUAUGGAUUUGGUUAGAUGUGUUUUCUCAGUCAUAUGAUUUGUAGAUUAUACUUUUGUUGUUUUCACCUUGUUUUUUGAUAACGUGAAAUGAAGGAUCCUAACUCACAACAUAUGUUGGCAUGAUGUACAAAUAAAAAAUGGGAACUAUUUUUUUGCAGUCUCUUUGAACAGAAUGUCACUUUUUUUGUUUCUUAAACAAAGAAAGAAAAACAAAAAUCCAGGGAUUUCAGUGGCCAAGAGCAUAUUGCUUGCGGUUUUUGUUCCUGUAGAUUUACCUCCUGUACGCCUUCUGAAGUAACUAUCAACAUAGAGGUAGGGUAUGCUAGGUUAAAUGCCAUUCAUUUAAGGGGAAUUUCAGUAUUUUCCAAGCUGGACCCUAUUUUCCCAUGCAUUCGUAUCUAAGUGACUAAUGUGAACAAAAAUCUUUGAAAUUGGUCCGGUAUUGAGCGAAAACGGUGUAACCGGCAGCCGCGAACCGGGCUGCAAUGUAACCCUAUAGGGCAAAUGCGCACUGCUAGUUUCCGUCCACUGAAAGUGCCGUUUUUGUCACUGACAUUAUACGUGUCUGACUACAUUUUGGGAAGAUGGUGAAGUCUCGUUCUGAAAUCUCACAAAGUGACUUGUAGGAAGACCCGUGGAUGUUUACUGUGUGGAAGGCGAGUGGGGAGAGAGGAGUUCUGGGGAGUUUGUUGUUUUGGAGUACAGACAGCGUAGCUUUGUGUUAUCUAAAAUAUUUUCAAUUGCGCAUUUCCGAAAUUUUGCCAAAGAAAUGUCGAGCUACACAGCUUUUCAUAGACAUUAACCUUUGGAUACGGACAGGCUGAAGUUGAGGCUAGUUUUGCUACAGCUACUAAAUUAAUCCUAACACUGCGCCUUGCAGACCGUCCGGUCUGCAGUGACCAUUUUGAGCGUGGAUGACUACUGGCAGCCAAAGAGGAGAAGAAAUCCUAUACCAAAGCACAAGAAAAAUGCUGUUGAGCUACCAGGCUUAGCGGAGGUAAGCUAAUGCUAUUAGCUAAAGUUACUGUGUUGACCUGGCAUCAGUAAGUUACACACGAAAGCAUGGCAGGAUAAGGGUAACUUUUCCAUCUUCCCAUAAUGUAGUCAGACACUUUGAAUAACAAUCUGUGCCUGUCAUUGACAAAAACAGCACUUUCAGUGGACAGAAAUUAACGGUGUGCAUUUGCCCUAUAGAAUUACAUUGUAGCCCAGUUAGCGGCUGCCGGUUACAGUGUUCUCUCUCAAUACUGGACCAAAGAUUAGUCACUUAGACACAAAUGCAUGGGAAAAUAGGGUCAACCUUGAGAAAUACUGAAAUUCCCCUUUUUAAGAAUAAUUUACAGCUCUGAUCAAAAGCACAAACAUAAACCCUAAGUAGUUCUACGUAGUGACGUCAGUGUUUUUAGACUCAUAACCCUUUCUGUUGAAGACAACUCAGGGAAGCAGCCUGGAUCUCACCCCUGACACCCAAUGGCACUAUACACCCAUCCUAGCCUAGAGACAUGUCAAAAACACUACACAUACCUACAGGCAGAUGAAAAGAUAAACAAUGAAAUGAAACACAGUGAAAAAAAGGUUGUAAACUACAGUAUAAGACAAUGUGGUGUAUACCAUGGUUAACAUGCACUUUUUUCCUUGCUUGUUUUAUAUUGUUCCUUGUUUUCUUCCUAAUUUAUGCUAUUUUUUAAAGAAAAAAGUGGUUUGCGCACUAAUAUUGUCUCAAUAAAGUGAAACCGCUGUGAAGCUUGA